AUGGAGGCUUUAUUAGCCAGAUAUAUCCCCAAGGACACCAGUCUCGUUGCGGAUUUGGACGGGAGGAGGGCGGAUUAUGCGUUUCUGAGUCUGUACGAGGACGCAAGGAACCAAGAGACCCGGCGUCUUCGCAGUAGUCUUCAGGCAGACGGGGUCAUUGAGUCUGGCUCUGUUCAGUCCUGCGUCCAAAUGCAAAAUCUAACACCUCUUGUUGUCAAGUAUGGCAAGACAGUCCUCCCUCGGCCUCUGGGCCCUGUGAACACCCCCAGCACUCUAGCUCUCACGCCGACCACUAUUGAGAACCUUGAGAAUCUCAGCAGCAUGUUGCAACGGCCGGGACCCGUACUGCUACAUGGCCUGUCCGGGGCCGGUAAAACGUCCCUAGUUCACGAGAUCUCGAGGGAGUUGGGCAAACAAAAGGACAUGGUGACGCUACACCUCAACGAACAGACCGACGCAAAGAUGCUUCUCGGUUUGUACACAACAGACUCGAAACCCGGCUCCUUUCAGUGGCGCCCGGGUGUCCUAACGACUGCGGUAAGGGAGGGGAGAUGGGUGCUCAUCGAGGAUCUCGACCGCGCACCAACCGAGGUCAUGAGCACGCUACUGCCGCUCAUCGAACGCGGGGAGCUUUUGAUUCCUGGUCGUGGGGAAAGGAUCCAGGCAGCCUCGGGCUUCCGGAUGUUUGCUACCGUCCGAACUCAGCUGGGCAUGAACGACAGGGAGAAUCUACCAAACUUGAUCGGCCUGCGUCUUUGGCAUCUGCUCCAUGUUAAGGCGCUGCCUCGGGACGACUUGAAAGAGGUCAUCAUCGGCAGAUACCCCAUGUUGCACAAAUACACGCCCGGUGUGUUGGCCGUGUUCGACCAGCUCCUCGCCUGCACCAGUGGAUCAACACGUUUGUCUCUCGGCCGGACCGCCCUGGACCGCCCUAUCGGUACAAGGGACCUCCUGAAAUGGUGUAGCAGACUCGACGACAUUCUGCGAGCGGCCGGCUGCAAGACUGGCGACGAGCCCAUCACGGAUACGACGAGAGAUCGCAUGUUCCUCGAGGCCGUCGACUGCUUCGUCAGCAGUAUGCAUGAGCCGACGGCCCGCAAGAUCUUGGUGGCGGCGAUCGCCAAGGAGAUGCAUCUCUCUUCCGAACGAGUGCAGCAUUAUUUAACAAGCUACAUCCCGGACCUAGAGGACAGCGAGUCUAGGCUGACAAUCGGGCGUGCCUCCUUUGUCAAGCCGCGGCGGACAAGUAGGGUCACCAAGUCGAAAAGGCCGUUCGCUACCACAGUUCAUGCCAAGAGGCUACUUGAGCAGAUCUCCGUUGCCGUUAAGCACCGCGAGCCUCUCCUGCUAGUUGGUGAGACUGGUAUUGGCAAGACAACCGUGGUUCAGCAGCUGGCGGAGUCCCUCGGGCGCCAACUAGUCGCUGUGAACUUGUCACAACAGAGUGAAGCAGGCGAUCUUCUGGGCGGUUUCAAGCCUGUCAGCUCCCAGAGCCUUGCAAUGCCCCUGAAGGAGGAGUUUGAGGACCUUCUUGAGAGGACGGGUGUUUCUGCCGAGAAGAACAGGGAAUAUUUGGAACGCAUUUCCAAGCGGUUCGCCAAGGGUCGAUGGAAAGAGGUCUCGAAGGAGUGGCGGAAGGCUCCUAAGAUGUUUGAGGCCAUCCUUGCCCAGCUGAACAAUAGCCAAAGCCGCGCCGAGGCUACGGAUGGGCAACCGGCGAAACGCCGGCGGACCGAGUCCACCAAGUUGCAACGGUUGCACGAUCUCAAGCCCCGUUGGGCAUUGUUUUCUCAAAGCCUCGAUCAGUUCGACAGACAGAUCGCGAGCGGCUCCGCCGGGUUCGCGUUCGCGUUCGUCGAGGGCAAAAUCGUCAAGGCUGCAAGGAACGGCGACUGGGUUCUCCUCGACGAGAUCAACCUAGCCUCUCCCGACACCCUUGAAAGCAUCGCGGGGCUGUUCCAGACCACACCCUCACUUCUCCUUUCCGAGACGGGAGAGAUCGAGAGAAUACAGGCGCACCCCAACUUCCGCGUGUUCGGAGCCAUGAACCCAGCCACCGAUGUCGGCAAGCGUGAUCUCCCGCUCGGGUUGAGGUCUCGAUUCACCGAGAUUUAUGUGGGGAGCCCGGACCGGGAUAAGAAGGACCUGCUUACCAUCAUCAAGACCUACCUCAGGGGUAACAACAGUAACAUCGACCGAGUGGCUGAUGAUGUUGCCGAUCUCUACCUCGAAAUCAAGAAGCGAGCAGAGCUCAAGCUGUUGGUGGACCAGGCGAACGAGGUACCGCAUUUCAGUCUGCGCACUCUGACCCGCGUUUUGACGUACGCCAACGACGUCUCUCCUUUCUACGGCCUAGAACGGGCGCUUUACGAAGGCUUUUGCAUGUGUUUUACAACAUUGCUCAGCGAGGAGUCGGAGCGGACGGUUAUGCCUUUGAUCCACCAGCAUCUGCUGAAGCGGUCAAACAUCCUCACUCUGCCGCCCAAAAAGCCAACUGACGGGAAGAAUUACGUUUCCUUCAAAAACACGAAUAAGGACCACCAGUACUGGUUGCUCCAAGGGAACGAGAUGCCGAAGGAGAGGGAGGACUACAUCAUCACGCCGUACGUUGAGCGAAAUUUGUUGAACCUGGUCCGCGCGACAUCCACUCGCAGAUACCCCAUCCUGAUUCAGGGGCCGACCUCAGCCGGCAAGACAAGCAUGAUUGAGUAUCUGGCCAACUACACUGGAAACAAGUUCGUGCGGAUCAACAAUCACGAGCACACUGACCUUCAAGAAUACCUGGGAACAUAUGUAUCCGAUUCGGAAGGCAAACUCAAGUUUCAGGAGGGUGUGCUCGUCCAAGCCAUGAGGGAAGGAUCUUGGAUCGUGCUGGACGAGCUGAACUUGGCGCCUACCGACGUUUUGGAAGCUCUCAACCGCCUUCUGGACGAUAAUAGAGAGCUCCUGAUCCCCGAGACACAAGAAAUUGUGCGACCCGCAGAGAACUUCUGUCUCUUCGCCACGCAAAACCCUCCAGGUUUGUACGGAGGGAGAAAAGUCCUCUCUCGGGCGUUCCGCAACCGAUUCCUGGAGCUUCACUUUGACGACAUUCCCGAGAGCGAGCUCGAGACUAUUCUGCAGAAGCGCAGCCGCAACACCGCGCCGUCCGACUGCCGCCGUAUCGUGUCCGUCUAUAAGCAGCUUACCCGUCUUCGCCAGGAGAGCCGCGUCUUCGAGCAAAAGAACAGUUUUGCCACGCUCAGAGACCUGUUUCGCUGGGCGUUGCGGGAGGCGGAGACGCGUCAGGAAAUCGCGGAACAUGGCUUCAUGUUGCUCGCAGAGCGUGUUCGCAAAGAUGAGGAGCGUGACGAAGUCAAGAAGGUUAUCGAGGAGGUCUUCAAGGUCACCAUCGAUCCCGCUCGCCUCUACGACAUAGAGACGGCCCCUGAGCUCAGCAAUGUUCGCGCGAGAAACAGCCAGGGCGUCAUCUGGACCAGGGCAAUGCGGCGGUUGUAUGUGUUGGUGAAGCGCGCCGUCAAGAACAACGAGCCCGUGUUGUUGGUGGGCGAGACGGGCUGUGGCAAAACUACGGUCUGCCAGUUGCUUGCUGAGUUUGAAAAGCAGGAACUGCACAUUGUCAAUGCUCACCAAAACACUGAGACUGGAGAUCUCAUCGGCUCCCAGAGACCAGUGAGAAACCGUGGGGCCAUUCUGGACGCUCUCUUCCGGGAUCUUAAGGAGGCAGCGGCCAUUUUGGGAAGGCCGGACGGCGAUUCGUUUGAGGCUCUGCAGGAGUGGUAUCGAUCUCUUUCCCCUCAAGAGCGCUCGAAUGGUCUACCCGAAUCCUUGACUUCCAAAAUUCAUGCGGGCACGACGCGGAGCAAGGCGCUCUUUGAAUGGAGUGAUGGCAGUCUUGUCCACGCCAUGAAGGAGGGAACCUACUUCCUCCUCGACGAAAUUUCGCUUGCAGAUGACUCGGUUCUUGAGCGCCUCAACUCGGUGCUCGAACCCCAUCGCAGCCUCCUCCUCGCCGAAAAGGGCAUCACCGACUCCUUCGUUCAAGCCACCGAAGGUUUCCAAUUCUUCGCCACCAUGAACCCAGGUGGUGACUUCGGCAAGAAAGAACUCUCUCCAGCAUUACGGAACCGCUUCACCGAGGUUUGGGUGCCAGCAUUCUCGGAAGUCGACGACGUCCACGACAUUGUACUCUCCAAGCUCGACAACAAAUUCAAGCCCCGUAGCGGGAACAAGAAACAGUCCAAGCCUAUCUCCCGCAUCAUCGUCGAAUUUGCAUCAUGGUUCGGCAAGACCUUCCGCCCCUCAUCAGCCACAGCCUUUUCGGUCAGAGACAUCCUGUCCUGGGUUGAGUUCAUGAAUGCCUCUCAGUUCCCUUCCUCUGGACUCGCCCUGCUCCAUGGCGCAGCAAUGGUCUUCAUCGACACCAUCGGUGCCAAUCCCUCAGCUCUUGUAGCCGUCGAUCCAAAAGAGAUGGCCUCUCAACGGCAGAUGUGCAUCGACCAGCUCAGCGUCCUUUGCGGCUCUGAUCUCACCCAACCCUAUUUCCAGGAACCGCAGGUAACGAUCGAUGAGAAGCUGCUCACGAUCGGCGACUUUGCCGUCGACAGGUCCAUGGCGGGCGGCACCAUCGACGCCGGGCACGAGUUCAGCGUGCCCACUACCAAGAUGAACGCCAUGCGUGUCAUCAGGGCGCUACAGGGGACCAAGCCCAUCUUGUUGGAGGGUAACCCUGGAGUGGGUAAAACAACGCUGAUUACGGCGCUCGCGAGGGCUUGUGGGCGGCCGUUGACGAGGAUUAACUUGUCCGAUCAGACGGAUUUGAUGGAUUUGUUCGGUACGGACGUGCCGGUUGAGGGAGCAGAGGCGGGCAACUUCGUGUGGCAGAAUGCGCCGUUUCUGGAGGCGAUGCAGAAGGGCGAGUGGGUGUUGCUUGAUGAAAUGAAUCUUGCCUCGCAAACGGUUCUCGAAGGUCUGAAUGCUUGCCUUGACCACCGUGGAGAGGUCUACAUUGCAGAACUAGACCAGGUCUUCAAACGUCACCCGAAUUUCAAGCUCUUCGCCGCUCAAAACCCUCAUCACCAGGGCGGCGGCCGCAAGGGGCUGCCUAGUUCCUUUGUCAACCGCUUCAUCGUUGUUUACUCCGACGUUUUUACCAAGCAGGACCUGCUUCACAUCACCGCCAAGAAAUUCAGCACAAUUGGAGGCGAAACCCAGCAGCGGCUCAUCGAGUUCAUGUCCAGGCUUGAUGAUGAAGUCGUUAGCAGAAGAUCAUUCGGUGCUCUGGGAUCACCUUGGGAGUUCAACCUCAGAGAUACCCUGCGCUGGGGCGACCUGUUAACCUCGCAAAACAUGCUCUUGGCCGGACGGACGCCCGAUGACUACCUGGAUGUGAUCAUUCGGCAACGCUUUAGGACGGAGCGAGAUCGAGAGCAGGUGAACAAUCUUUUUGCUCAAAUAUUUGAACGGGCGCCCGAGAACCACGGCCUAUAUCAUGAUAUCAACCCCUAUUUUGGCCAGGUCGGGCUUGCCACUCUGAAGAGAAACCCGCUCUCGCAACCGACUCCUUUCCCCAAAAUCGACACGGUACCAAGACUCAAGGAAAUCGAGUCAGUCAUGAUCUCGAUUGAGCAAGACCUGCCCUGUAUCCUUGUCGGCCCCUCCGGCAGCGGCAAGUCGACGCUUCUGGCACAUGUUGCUGCGCUUGCGGGGAAGUCUCUCGUCGUAUUCCCACUCAACGCCGACGUCGAUGCCAUGGACCUCAUUGGCGGCUUUGAGCAAGCGGAUCCUCAUCGGGAAGUUCAAGCUUGCCUUGUCAAAGUACGGCAAGCACUCCAAGAGCAAAUUUUGCUAGCUCUUCCAAACCCGGUUCCUAAUGCCGUUGUCGACCUCAUGGCUGCUCUCCACUCGCUGACCGGAGAGGCGGACCAAUAUGAGGGCAUUCUGCCAUUUAUUGAGGCAUUGCAAACGGAUGUCUCCGUCCCAGAGCCUCUUGCUGCCCUCCUCUCUGAAGCCUCCGAGGCCCUGCACAAGCCCCUGACACUAGAGAACCCCCGCUUCGAGUGGCUGGAUGGUGUUAUUGUGCGCGCCGUCGAAUCUGGCGCCUGGCUGGUCCUGGACAAUGCCAACCUAUGCAGCGCGUCCGUCCUUGACAGACUCAACUCGCUUCUUGAACGCCCGAAUGGCAUCCUGAGCAUCAACGAGCAUAGCGGCCCAGGAGGGGAACCGAGAAUCAUCACGCCACACCCCGAUUUCAGAAUCUUCUUGACGGUUGAUCCUCGAUACGGCGAGCUCUCGCGGGCUAUGAGGAACCGUUCGAUUGAAAUUUAUCUUGACCCCUUGCCCGCGGGAACGGCUGCCGUGGAAAGGAUUGCUCCAGUGGAUGGCGCCUUGCAGAGGUUCCAUACCGCUUCCAGAAUUUUGGACCGGCAAGCAGAAAACGGACAGCUUGUCCCCUUCGCCUUCGACGUUCUGUCCCUUGGGGAUAGCAACAAACUUGAUGCGUACCUGCAAGCCACCCGCGAAGCACUGGCUGAUUCCUCGCCAUCACUAGUACGCUCGCCAGCGGCCAUCCAGCACUUGGGCCAAGUGCUAUCUUACAUUCAAUCAGAAGAUGCCGCGCCCCUAAGACAAUCUCUUGCGAACAUAUACGCCGCGUCUUCAGACAAGAUGUUGAUGCCUCUCCAUCCACUGGUCAACUCACCCAUGAUUUCUCUCCUGGAACAGGGCAACGAAGGGCUGGUCUUCUGGCUUGCCAGCUGCUACGAGCUUUAUCUUGCCAUCCAAACCUCAGAGAAAGCGAUGGAGGCGCAGCUUGGAAAAGUCAAUGUCAGCAAACCGUCCUCAAUGAACCGUCUCCAGCGGUCCUGGGUCGCAGACAAGGUCGCCUCGCUCUCCCGGGAUUCAACGGUUAAUGCCGUCCGGUUCCUCUCGUCAGUACUCCGCGCGGCCAAGGCGUUUAUCUGCGAGAAGUCAGACAACCCUGGCGCCUGGAAGCAGCGCCGUUCGGUUUUCAGACGGCUGAUGCUGUUCUGGAAGCGGACUUUCGAGUCGUUGAUCGUCCCCUCGUUUGAGGAAGCGCGUUUCCAAGCCCAUCUGACACAGGGGUCGAACCUCCUGCAGCAUAGCCUGUCUACUCUACAAGGCAACGGCGAUCAAAAGCUGCUUUCCAUGCUCUCUGGGUUCCUGGAGCGCGAUUUUGUCGUGGGAUUCAAACUGUCGAGUGGUCUCGGCAUGGAGGCUCUCUGGCACCGACUGCGGCCAGACCCGAUACCGGACGUCCAGACACUGGAGCAAGUGAUGGAGCUGGAGCGCCUGGCUGAUCGGUUCGAUUCCUUGCGCUGGCGCGUCGACGUCAAUAUCUCCACCCUACGCACCAUUCAAGAUUCCAUGGCGCGCGUAUACGCCCUCAUCCGCACCGGCAAGGGAGACGCUGCUAGCCUCGUCAAAGACCUCCAGUCCGAGAUCACCGCCCUCGAGUCGAGAAUCGGAGAACACUCCACCACCCACAAGCCCUUCUUUGCGUCCAGCUUUGAAGGUCUCAGGCAAUCACUCGUCCUGCACCAAGUCUCCCAGGACACGGCCAUACAGCUCGGCUCGACGGACGUGGACGUUCUCGCAAGCAUCCCAACCCCGAGUCUGAUGCGUCUGCAGUGUCUUAAACAGACUGCCUUCCAAGCAGUGGACUGCAUUCUUGUCCAAGAGAGCAGCGAGGUUCACCCCUGGGGUGGUGCUCUGUCCAAGUCUCUGCUUCUCAAGUACGAUGCCGCGUCGUCGGCGAGCUUGGAUGAGCUACGCUCGCUGGAGGUCGAGAUGCCCAUCAUGGGGAAGGCCCUCGUUGCCGCGUCCGAGGCGCUGGCGACGGACCCGCUGGUCAAAGUUGAGCGGUUGCUGUUGAAGCUGAUGGAGGAGGUUGUGGCGGCGCAUGACGAGUCCUGCAGGGGCCGGGUAAUGGCCAUUUACGAGGGUCUUUUGGCGAGGGACGAUGAUGUUCAAACCGUUCUCGAAGGCGAGUUUGGGACGUGGCUUGAGCGAGCCAAAUGCCCCGAGGCCCUUGGCGACAACUCAGCUCAGCACCUCGGCGCUGUUUAUGAACGGCGCUUUUCUAAGGCCUUGUUGGCCCUAGCGGCUUCAGCCAAAGGGUUCGAGCCGCGCUCUGCGUCGACCUCUGUGGCCUGGAUUCGCUUCGCCCUGGGCUGUGUUGAGCUCUUCGUGCCAGACAAAAUCUUUGACCCGCACCACCGCGCACAGGUCGAGGCGGAGGAGCACCAGGAGCUCUACCAGAGCCUGCAAACCCAGAUCGCUUCCCUCGAGUCGUUCGAGCUUGCGUUCACGGGCCAGAAGACCAGUCUCCGCUCUCAACUCCUCGUCGAAGAGGCAGAGGGGCUGGGCGAACCGCCAUCAGUCCAGCAGAUUUACCGACCAGGUGGUGGCGAGCUCCGCAGCCUACAGGGUGAGUUCAACAACGUGUUGAACGCGCUGGUUGGGAAUGAUGUCGCGGCCACCCACUUACGAUCUCUCGGCUCGUCAUCAUCGGCCGACGCUGCCGAGGAACUGGCUCUUGUCGAACAGAACGUAACGCUACUGAUCGCUCGCUUGACGUCGAGGUUUGGCGCCUACCAGGAUUUAACCAUGCCGCUUGUCAGUUUCCUCCGUUGUGUCAAGAUGGGGCUGUCUCUAGGGAAGGGGGUUGGCUCAAGCAAGGGGCUUGCAGAUGGCGACUCACAGGCACUUGUUGCAGUCACGCCGUUCCUCAAUGGUACAGUGUGGCAAGCUGAGACAACUCGACUGCCGACCCGUACACUCGAGUUCCUCUCGUUUGUGCAGACUGUCGUUGCGGUGGAAGGUCUUGAGAAACUUCCUGUCUCCCUACGCCAAUCCCUACACGAGUGUCUAGGCUCUUUCCACGAGGAAUGGACCAAGAAACUCGAAGCGGACCGAAAGGUUGAGGAGGCCAAGAACAGUCUGUUCAGAUUCAAGGGCAGCCUGGAGGAUCAAGAGGAGUAUGACCAAGAAGAAUUCGACCAGCUUUUCCCCGACUAUACCCCCGACGAAGAGGGCGUACCCAAGGUCAAGAAGCCCCUCCGCGGUGGCCGCGAUCUCUCCGUCAUGCUGGCCGAGGCACAUGAAAAGAUCUUCCUCUCGGUCCAAGAACCGCAGCAGAGCAUCAAGGGGCUGUGCACGCAGGUGGCCCGCCGGAUCGCCCGCGAGAAACGAGACAGUACUGUUGCCGAACCUGCACUGGACGGCAUGCUUCUCCCUGCGACCAUCCUAGCCUUCGAUGAGCAGGUCAGGGCUUUCAGCUCCAACAUCGGCACCACCAAUUACAACUUCUACACGGACGCCAAUCUCUCCGAGGUUCGCAAGAUCCUCGGGCUCGUCAACUCAAUGAAGAAGCGAUUCUUAGAACUCCAAGGGAUUGACGAGAUCGGCCACCAUCAGACCCUCGCCGAUGUGGUCAUGGCGUGCGACAAGGUCUUGGAGAUGGCGAUUGACGACCCCCUCGCUAGUAUCAUCACCGCCAUCGAGAGAUUGCAUGCACACGUCUAUGAAUGGCACGAGGGCGGCUGGGCCAGCAAGGUACACAAAGCGACGGCAUUGUACGAAAAGCUGCGGGACACAAUUUGUGACUGGCGCCGUCUCGAGCUGUCGAGCUGGUCACGAUUGCUCGACGCCGAGGUCAAGAAGAGUUACGAGGACGCCAAGUCAUGGUGGUUCAUCGCCUACGGCGCUGUCAUUCUCGAACCGUGCUCUAUCCUGCAGCAGGGACUGGAUCUCAAGGACCACACCGUCAAGCUACUAAGCAUAUUGGAGUCGUACUUCGCUGGUGCGAGUGUCGGUCAGUUUGGUGCCCGUCUGAAUCUACUCAAGCAACUCAAGAACCAGCUGGAUCAACUUGUGCUGGAUGAGCCUGCUCUAGGGUUGGUCUGUGAUGCCGUGCAAAACUUCAUCACCUUCUACAGCCGUUACGAACGCAAGGUCGGCGAGACGAUCAAUACCGGAAGGGCGCCGCUUGACAGGAGCAUGAAGGAUGUCCUUUUGCUAUCGAAGUGGCGUGAUAAGAACAUCGAGUCGCUCCGGGAUAGCGCACGCAAGUCUCAUCAGAAACUCUUCAAGCUUGUGCGCAAGUUCCGCGCAGUGUUGGAACAACCUAUCAAGGCCAUGGUGGAUCAGGGGCUUCCCGAGGAGGUCCACAACAACGCGGUCUUGGAAGUUAGCGCGAAGCCUCUUGAAGUCCAAGUUGACCAGGGCGCCGUUACUCUCUGCCAGCGGGCACUCCCAGACAUUGCAAGCCACCCACACUGGGCCAGAAUGUCUAAUCUCCCUGCUGUCCUCAAGGCCAUGUCCAGGCAUGGAGCUCUCCCCACGGCCGGCAUCAACGCUGCCGAAACAUUGGACAGCUACAUCACCGACCUCUCGUCAUCCAUCUCUGCCUUGAGAAAAGAAACACCCGACACUCUGACAGACGAGAACAAAAACCUCGUUAGCCAUCUCAAAACCCGCAAAGUCACCCUCUACAGCGAUACCCUCAAGACCCUUCGCGCAAUGGGCUUCAGCCGCAAUCUCGGUACCAAUCUCCUCGAGAAGCAAAGCUCGACAGCUGUCGUCCUUGUCGGCUCAGGAGUUGUGCCUCACAUCGACAAUGCUGCGUUGAGUGCCAUUGAAUACUUCUACCACAAGACGCUUGACUUGGCACCCCGGUUCCGUCAUGCCACGUACGAACACUCGGAGGAUCUGAACCGCGAAGUGGUGCAGAGGAGUAUCGGCUAUCUGGAGGGCGUGUUGCAUGUGAUGUUCCGUCAGCGACAGUUCUUGGCUCGCGCGGCUGGGGACGAGCGUGGUCUCCAUGGGGUUGUCGAGACGGUCAAGAUUCUUUCCGCCGGAGGAGAGGUACACUUCAAGCCGCAAGCUCGCUCGUCGAACCACGCCCAGGUUGUUCGCUGGGUGGUGCAGAUUAUCAAGGCUGGUGUCCAUCUGGUGGAUGUUCAUGGCAAGCUCGGUGGUGCGGGUAAUGCGGCGGUCCGUGGUAGGCUUGAGAGCUGGAUUGAGACGUUUACGAAGUUGGAUGAUGCGAACGACAACCUACCUCGCCUUCCUAGCGGCUUCACCUCAACCGGCAACGACAAGCUCCAGGAUGACGUGGAGAAGGGGUUGGAUGCUCUUCGGACCGGCCUUGUAGAGAUCGCUCAAGCAAGGCCUGAUCUGUCCUUUGUCGUGCAACAAAUCCAACUAUGGACCAACAUUCAGGCAACGGAGGUUAUCAAUGGCGUCGUUGGCGACGAUAUCAACAACUUUGCGGUCGCAGCUUUGACACUCUCAAGCAAGAUUCUGGUCGCGCUUCAGAACUUCCAGAAGGCCGCCCAGUCUCUGCCGUUGACCACAGAAGACGCCGGCUGGUUCCUCAAUUAUAGCGACAGCCUCCAAAAGUCUAUCGACGCCCUCCGCGUGACAAAGAUCAGCUCAGAGACCCAAUCCCUCAUCCAGCAACUCAAGGCCCUCCCCGCCGACCAGUUCUCCACCGCAUCCGCCCUCCUCCGACUCAUCCACCCUGUCCUCGCACAGUACUCAACCAUAUGCACCCAAAAUAUCGUGCAAUUCUCCUCUCUCCACCGCACAACAUGCCGUCUCGGCUACCAGCUUGCCGCCUCCUUCGUCCAGAUCUCCUCCCAGGGCUUCUGCACGCCGCAAGAAAAGAGCGACGAGAAAUCGGGCGAGUCCGGCAACGUCGAGAGCGGCACCGGCCUCGGAGACGGCGAGGGCGCAGAGGAUAUCAGCAAGGACAUCAAGGCCGACGAGGACUUGUCCGACCUCGCGCAGGAUCCGAACAAUAAGACCCAGGGUGAUAUCGAAGAGAACAAGGAUGCUGUCGACAUGGGCGACGAUGAAUUGGAGGGGGAUAUGGGCAGUGUUGCGGGCGAGGAUGAGGAUGAGGAGAAGAAGGACGGGGAUAAGGAUGGGGAGGAGGAAGAGGAGGAUGAGAUGGACGAGCAGGCUGGCGAUGUGGAUGAUCUUGACCCGACGGCGGUGGACGAGAAGAUGUGGGAUGGCAGUGGCGAAGAUGAUGCUGAGAAGGAUCAGAUGGGGGAUCAGGAGAAGGGGAAGAAGGAUGAGGACCAGAGUGCGGCUGCCGAGGGGAAGAAGGAGCAGCCAAAGGGAGAUGAACAGGAUGAGGGGAAUGCGCCGCCGGAUGAGGUCGGUGAGGAGCAAGGGGACGAGGAUGCGGAGAUGGAGGCAGGGGAAGAAAAGGAGGGUAUGCCGCAGGAGGAGCUGAAUCACCAGGACCAAAAUGUUCAGGAGAAUGAGACCCUGGCGUUGCCGGAGGAUAUGGACAUUGAGAUUGACGACGGAGAAGAGCAGAGCGGGGAGGAGGAUGAUGACUUGGAUGGGUUGUCCGAUGCGGAGAAGGCUGAGGAGAAGCAGGCUGAUGUGGCUGAGGAUAUGUCUCAAAGCGGAGAUGAGGAGAAGGGCGAGGAGGAACACCAGAAGGACGAAAACAUACAGGAGGAAGAGGCAGAACAGGAUGAGGAGGUUGAUGCGGCUGGUGAUAGGGAGGAAGAGAUGGAUGUGGAGAUGGAGGAGGAAGAACAGGGAGAUGAGGGCCAAGAAGAGGAGAAGGACGAGAAGAAGCCUCCGCUGCCCGACGACGGAACAGGUGCGAAUGAGGACGAUGUCGCGCCCAGCGACGUCCAAAACGGAGGCGGCCAAGCCGAGGAUGCCAACAUGCAGGACGAUGAGGUUGAGAACAAAUCCGGUCAGAAAGAGCAAGGCGCCCUCGGCAAGCAAUCGGCCGAGGAAGAUAAAGCUCCGGGCAACAAGGGUGCGCUUUCGAGCAUGGAUCAAGAGCAAGGACCGUCUGACGAAGCUGAGGACCCCAACUCGAGAGACGCACAACCAUUCAAGAAGCUUGGUGAUGCAUUGGAUCGAUGGUAUCGCAAUCAGCGGGAAAUCCAGGCUGCUUCGGAAAGUCAAGAAAAGACGGAGCAGUCAGCCGAGGACAUGGCGCGGGCCGAGUUCCAGCAUCUCCAAGACGAAACGGCCGAAGCCGAUACCCAGGCUCUCGGAACUGCCACCAACGAGGAGGCUCGCCCAAUGGACGAUGCCAUGGCGGUCGACACCGAGAUGGAUGAGGGUAAUAACCAGAUUAUGCCAGAGGAUGAACAAGAAGAGGAGGGCGGGGAUGUGGAUAUGGAGGACAUUGAACCGCCUGAACCACAGGAUGCCUCCAAGAACGACCGCGAAGAAGGUCGUUCUGGUGUCGCGACACGCAAGGGAGCCUACGAGACGGAUGACAAGGACGAAAUCCCCCGGGCUGAAGCUCCCGAGGAUGUUGACGAUGAGCAAAUCGACGAGACAUCCACUCAGCUCUUGGCUACUCACAUCGCCGAGGAGGACGAGACGGCCCUCCGUGACUACGACGAAGCGCUCGACAUGUGGUCGGCUUUCCAAAGCAAGACGCAAGCGCUCUCGCAAUCCCUCUCCUCCCAACUCCGGCUCAUUCUAGCCCCGACCCAAUCCACCAAACUCUCCGGCUCAUUCCGCACCGGCAAGCGCCUCAACAUCAAAAAGAUCAUCCCCUACAUCGCCUCUAGCUACAAGCGCGACAAGAUCUGGAUGCGCCGUGCCAUCCCGUCCAAACGCGCCUACCAGAUCCUGCUCUGCGUCGACGACAGCUCCUCCAUGUCAGACGACAACCGCUCCUCGUCGGGCAACCUCGCGCUGGAAUCCCUCGUCAUGGUCGCGCGCGCGCUGACGGUGCUCGAGGCCGGGCAGAUCGGGGUGCUGGGGUUCGGGACCGACGUGUUCGUGGCGCACGCGCUAACGGACCCGUCCUUCACCUCGCAGGACACGGGCGCGCGCGUGCUGCAGCGCUUCACCUUCCGGCAGGAGGGCACCGACAUGGUGGGCCUGCUGCGCAAGACCAUCGACCACUUCCGCGACGCCCGGCUCGCGCAGGCGUCGGCGGCCGGCGGCGAGGACCUCUGGCAGCUCGCCCUCAUCCUGUCCGACGGCCUCGUCCAGAGCAGGGACCACGCCCGCCUGCGGCCGCUGCUGAGAGAGGCGAUGGAGCAGCGGGUCAUGGUGGUGUUUAUUGUUAUGGAUGAUGCGCGCGAGAAUAAGAAGGGGCAUAGUGUGCUGGAGCUGAAGGAGGCGAGGUUCGGGCCGGACGGCGUGCCGGUUAUUCACCGGUACCUGGAUUCGUUCCCGUUCCCGUAUUAUCUGAUUGUGCAUCACUUGGAGGAUUUGCCGGGGGCGCUGGCGGCGCUGUUGAGGACUUGGUUUGCAGAGGUUAAUUCGUAG